AACUUCGUGCACAUUGGCAUUAAUGGCCGCGGGCACGAAAAAGAACGGCCCGCGGCCGACGUUUCGCCUCCCACCGCGAUCUCGAACUCCUCCCGCCAAUCCCUCUCCUCCUUUAAACCGAGAUAAUGGUCUCCAUCACCUACGUCUGCGCCGAGGUUCGGAUCGACUCCGCCGCUAGUCUGCACGCAUGCAUUCUCCUAUGCUUUCUGGGCAUCAGGACUGUGAAGCUCAGCUGAGAAUGGGCGCGAGUAGGUCCGGCCACUCGGCUGAGGAGUGCUGCAGUGGCGUUGUGCAGAACGGCGGCGGUAGAGAUGCACUACCAAGACCCCCGGCAGGUUCAGCAUUGAGUUAUUGGGGCAAUGAGAGAAAGGUAAAUGGAAAUGGAGGGGGCUGUGACAAGGAGAGCGAUGCUGCAGGGUUUCUGUUUCCUGGUUUCCGGUUGAAUUCAGGGCAAGCAAGGGUGACAAAUAACCAGCUCAAGUUUUAUCAAGGUUUCCCACAUGAUGAUAUUGUUCCAUAUGUAAACUUCGCGAGCGAUGUCAGAGAAAAUCCUCCUAGUUCUUUUUUGCGAUUGAUGCGACCCAUAAACACCUUGAAAAACAUUGUCGAUGAUGGUUCUUUUGAAUCAGUACUUCAAGCAAGUUCUAGAUCUUUACAAGAAAUGCUCUCAAACAUUGUCUUUCCGGUGCCAAAUAAUGGCUCGUGCAUGAAUUUUGUCACAAGUGAUAUGUUGAAUAUGAUGGAUGAGAAUAAAGAGGAGUGGAUGAGCAACAGCAGCAGCAGAGCGAUUCCGACAUUGGAGAACUGUCAUCUAGGAAUGCUUCAAAUAUCAAAUCAUCAGAUGUUUAACCUCGCAUCAGAAGAAUUCAGUUGUAAAGAACUGCAAAUGAUCUUAUGCAAAGAGUUGACAAAUAGUGAUGUUUCAAACAUUGGGAGAAUUGUACUACCAAAGAGGGAGGCUGAGGCUUAUCUUCCUCCAUUAUCUGAAAGAGAAGGGAUCCUGCUUGACAUGGAUGACAUGACACUUGCAGUUACAUGGAAGUUCAAGUUCAGGUUUUGGCCAAACAACAAGAGUAGAAUGUAUAUAUUGGAAAAUACAGCUCGUUUUGUCAGAGCACAUUGCCUUCAAGCAGGGGACUUUUUAUUCAUCUACAGGAAUCCAACAUCCGGGAAUCAUAUUGUCAGAGGAAACAAGGGAUUGCCACAGCGGAGUCCUUUGGAUUCACUACAGUAUAGCAGUAGAAACCAGUUCAUCGUCAAUGAAGACUGCUGCAGCUCAACAUUACAUGUCAAGAAAGCUAGAAGUGAUAGGAGGCACUCUCCUAUCAACCCAAACAAAACAAUUGGACAUGGCAGCAGUUCUCUCACCAUGACUGAGCUAAAUGAUCUUGAAGGGGACAUUACUUGUCAUCCUCACUAUUUUCCUGAAUAGAUGUUGUUUGUUUUACGGCAUUUACAUCUUGAAAACUUAAGAUAUUGUUACUUAA